AUGGUGGCGUUCGGAAACGGAAUUCCAUAUCGACAAGGCGGGCCUAUCAAAUUGUUGGAAUAUGAUGUAACCACAUCGAGGAUCGAGUUAGAAGAGGAGGCUUUGGCGAUAAUUAAUGCGAUAGACGAGCCGAUUGCUGUAAUUGCAGUUGUUGGAGCAUUCCGUCGUGGCAAGUCAUUCUUUGCAAAUCUUUUAAAUGGUCGACAUGACGGCUUCAAACUCGGUAACGAAGUCAAAAGCUGUACACGCGGUAUCGACAUGUGGGAUACUCCUUUCUACCACAACGGUGCUCGUGUACUUAUUCUCGACUGCGAGGGUAUCGAUGAUCCCGAACAAGACUAUCGCUGGGCUGUGAAAUUAUUCAUCCUCUGUCUCGUGAUUUCUUCUACUUUUGUAUACAACAUAAACGGAAUCGUUGAGAGAGAUGAUAUCGGACGUUUGUUUUUGAUGAGCGAUUUGUCAAAGUAUAUCAGUCCACCAAAGGAUACAAAGUAUCUGCCGCAUUUGGUGGUUUUGCUAAGGGAUUUUCAUUUAAUAGCACCGGAUGACUUUAGAACUCAUUUUCUGAAUCAACUAGCUGCGGUCAACCGUGAAGCUGCUGAGGCGGUAAAAAAGUCAUUUGCGGAUUUUGAUGUGUUUCCAUUGUCGCAUCCAUGUAGACAGCAGGAAGAUCUUCAUAAACUUAGUUAUCUUCCAUCUUCUAGACUCGAUCCCACCUUUAUCGAUCAAGCUACCCUAGCCAUAAAUGCAAUCUUUGCUUCUCUUUCUCCAAAGUACAUUUCGGCUACCUUGAUGAACGGCCUUUCCUAUGCUAAAUUCCUCGAAGCAUGUAUCGAUAAAAUGAAUGACCCUAGAAAUUCGGGAGAGCUGUCCAUUCCAUCGGAAUACGAAUCUGUAGCCAUCUACAUUUCUCAAAAGGUGACAAAAAGCAGCAUGACCGUAUAUAAAAGCAAGAUGAAUUUUUACUUGAAGGAAAGGGGUGGAAUGCCAUUGAUUUGGGAAGAAUUUAUAAACGUACAUGCGAUGGCGUUUAAAGAUGCUCAUUUGACUCUGUUGAAAAAAUUGAUCGGAACGGCGGGGCAGAUUAAGAAAUUUGAAAUAACAUUUUUUGACAAAAUCGAAGAUCACAAGAAAAAAUAUCAGAAGGAGAAUAGCAAGGGCUUGUACAAGAGGAAUGAGGGUAUUGCAAAAAGCUGUUGGCAUCGUGCUACGUCUGGGCUGAUUAAUAGUCGUAUGAGUGCAUCGACUUUUAAAUCAAUCAUCCUUGGGUUCGAAUCCGAUUAUGGCUUGAAUUUGCUUAAAUGUCCAGAAGCAGCCCAAGUUCUGACCGACUUUCGUAAAACUCAUUACUCCGAGUUGCGUGAACAGCUCCUCAAAUUCGGUGCCAUCACUCCCGAAACCGUUCGUCAGCAGACAGAACGCGAACAAUUGGAAAGCGAACUGCUUUCUAUGGUUAUAGAAGGCGGAACGCUUCGUACGAAAUUAGACUUGACUAAAAAAGAGGCAAGAUUGAUUAAUCUUCAAUUUAAACAGAAGAUAGAACAACUGGAAGAUAAUAUAAAAGAGCAGGAUAGUGUGAGCAAGAAGAAUUUAAAGGCGACGAUUGAGGAACAUAAGACAGUCGUUGAGGCUGUGGAAAAGGAGCAACAGACAAAAAUUGAUGGUGAUGAACAAAACGUAUUGACUAAAAGACAGAGAUAUAUAAGGCGAGCGGAAGAGGCUUUAACUGUUAUUGGGACUAUUGCAGGUAUUGUUGGAAGUUUGGCUACUAUAUUUCUAAAUCACUAA